GUCGUUUUAGGCUGGCGGGUCCCCUUCGUGCCCUGUGGGCCGGGGCGAGAGGAAGGAGGAAUGCUGCUUCACCUGGUAGCCGAGUUUGAUCUGCAGAGGGAUGUGGUCCCCUGGCUGGCGGCUAGGGGCUGGGCCGCCGCUCUAGACACUUCUGAGAAUUCAUCAGCACUCUACAUUGUAAAUGUUGAAAGAAAUGGAAAAAUUAUUUAUACCUGGAAGGGAAAUCAGAGAAAUACGCACAUCGGAUUGUACGAUCCUCAAACUAAACAAAAUGAGCACCUCUAUAUGUUUGAGAGGGAUCUCCGCAUCAUCAGUUGUUCUGUCAACAAUGAAAGGACAUUAUUGGCGGUCAGCUUCCGUCAAUAUACUGAGGAAGAAAGAGUAAGUCAGCUGUUACAGUCAGUAUCCAAGUAUUUAGCCUUGCUAAUUGAAAUUCAUCCCAUUAAUAAUGUGAGAGUCCUAAAGGCUGUGGAUAGCUGUGUUCAAGUACAGUUUCUUUACCCAGUUGAAGGCAGAAAUGCUCCUACAGAAAGUCGCCUCUUGCUAGUUUCAGAAGAUAAAUAUAUUGAGCAAUUUGAGAUUCGUGUAGUUGCAGAAGAAGAACACAGAGUGGUGAUUCAAAACUCAGGUCAGCUUCCAAGAGCCAGAGUUGCAGAUGAUCUCAUUUGGGCACAAUGGGAUAUGAUGGAGCAAAGGCUCUUCUACGUGGUUCCAAAGGAAUCAAAGAGUACUUUAAAAUGUGUCCAGUUUUAUCCUGAUGAAAACUUUAACUCAAUACUGGAAUCGCACCUGGAUAUAUCUGUAAAUGAUACACGAUUAAAGCUUGUGAAUUUUGGAUAUGAUUACUGUGAAGAUCAAGAUGUUGCAUCUAAAUCUUUGAAUCUUCAGGUUUUUACAAGUAAAGCAGGAGGCUUGUGUGUGUGUUGCAGCCUGGCCUCUGAUACUCCAGAUGAAAUAACAUACUCCAUAUACUUCUUGCAUAAAGGUUACAACAAAACUUUUACAGUUUCUCUAGAAAGAACAGAGUCUCAUCAAUUGAAGGAAGUGGCUUUUAUAAAUCUUGACUAUUAUGUGGCUGCUUAUUUGCCUGGCCAGUUUCUGCACCUCCUGAAUAUUCAGCAUCCCGACCUGCUGUGCUAUAGUUUAUUUCUGACAGGUGAGGAUGCAAGAAUUGACAUGUUGCAGAACUACUCCAUCCGAUCCCCACUCAUUUCAACAGUCUUGGAUUGCCACAUAGGAAGUAUGUAUGCUGUGAGCAUUAGUGAGGGCGCCUUGCUAAACCUCCUACAGAACAGCAAACGAGACAGCGAGAGAUUGGCAGCUCUACAUUGUGCCCUGUUAUACUUCCAACACACGGAAGACUUGGAAAUGCAGAUUAUUUGGUGGAUUUCUGAGAACCUGUCAACAUGUCAUUCUUUUGACCCCAUUCAAGAAUUUAUCAUCGCCUCACUGUACUGCAGAAUGUGUCCAGAAACUCACAACCUGGAUAAACUUUUGCCCUACACAUCACUGCUUGACUGGAUUGGGGUUAUCCCUGGAGUAAAAUGUGCAACAGACAUUAUUCCUCUACCUGUGUUAGAGUUCCAAAACUCCAAAGACUUCUGGAAGAAACUCAACUCAAACUUGGAGAGUGUGAAGUAUGCAGAACCACACUUGCAUUACCACAACAAUGUGCUCAGGAGGGAAUGGCGCAACCUUUCAGAAGAGGGAGAGGAGAGACCCACCACGGCCUAUUUGAGGAACAUUUUUGAAAACGCCAGAAAGGUGCUUUCUCAUCUGAACACUUGGGAUUCUGAGGAAAGGCUAGUACCUCUCUUUCAAGAGGAAGAUUAUCAGCAGCAAUUACUAAUGGGACUGAUGGUUGCGCAGCUAAAGGAUCACCUUAUGAGACAUCUGCAGUAUGUAGGAAAAAAGAAGAUUGACCAAAUAGUUUUGGAUUACGUCGCAAACCUGCUGAAUCUGGUGCAUCAAAUAAUGAAAGAAGUUUGGAGAAGACACCAUCUUCAUUCCUGCAUCUUCUGCUUCAAUGAGAGAGGAAGUGCGGGAGAGUUUGCGGUGUUCCACAUCAUGAGUCGUAUUCUGGAAGCUGCAAAUGGCAUGUGCCUGCCUUUACCUCCUGGUUUUCACACGCUGCACUUGGGGCUUGGUGUUCGAUGUCUUCCUCUGCACACCCUCCUGCACUACAUUGAUAAUGGAGUGUUGCAUUUGACAGAAACCUGUGUCAGGAAAUUGCUGAAAGAUCUGGAUGACACUGAGAAGAACGAAAAGCUGAAGUUCAGUAUUGUCAUGAGGCUUCCUGAGGCUCUUGGUCAGAAAGUCCGACAGGUUUGGAAUCAUCCGAUCAAUGCUAACUUAAUGGCACGGAAGUAUGUGAAGCUCUUGCUCGAGAAGCUGGAGAACAGGCAGUGUAUCAGGUUUGUCCCCGAGAGACUCUCGGUCCCUGUAGAGUUUUUGCCACUUAACUACCUGACCAGCAUGUUGGCAGAGAUAGAGAAUCAAGGUGUGCAGCCACAUGAGAAACAAGACCACGUCAAUGUAAGAUUUGUGGAGGAAACAGCACUCAAACACACCAUGACACUUUUGGGUCUCAAAUAUUCCUGAAGCCACCCCUAUUGAAGGCUGCCCAGCUGUGGUUCUCAUCAGAAGUACUCGCACAGAAGCAAGUGUGCAAUCAGUUUUUUCUUUGAAACUUAAAUGUCACGUUGUUUCCCAGGUCACCUGCAGCUUUGGGUAGCCACCGUUAUGGACGUAAGCUACUCAAAGCAGUGUUUGGUCCAGUGUGUUAAUGGUGCAAUUACUUACUUUGAGAUACACCUUACAGAAAUGCAUCUGACACAAGCCUAGGUUUGAAAUAUGUCAGUGACUUCGUUUUGAAAUGGUCAGUCAGUGGAACUACGGCGGGUAUCAAAACAUGCUGUGAAAAUUGAUAUCAGUGUCAGUUAUCUUAACCAGCUAGACAGUCCUGUGAAAGGUAGUCCAAUUGUCUUGUACUGUAACAAGAGGCCAGUAACUGUUUACUCAUUUAGAUGAAUAAAAUUAUUUCUUGGUGUGAUUGUAUGAAGCAGGUAAGAAUAACAAAUGAUGAAUCAGUUCUUGUAUAUAACGCAUCAGUAAUGACGUGUUCAGCCCUCAUGGUGGCUGUGUGUUACCUUACGGUACUGCUGUCUUUGGAGUUGGCUUCUAAUAUAUUCAGUUUUAUAAUUAGCACAAAAUAUAAUUUCUUUAAAGAGCACGA